AUGCCGAGCAGUCCAUACGCUGACCUGCUGCUGAGAUGUUGUCAAGGUGAACUGUUCGCACUCGCUCCGGAAGGCGAGGAAAAUCUGCUGGGCAUGGCGAGAAACACUGAAGUUGCUGUGCCAUUGGAAGGCCGCGAGUACGGCAAACGGGUACGCUUCGUCAAGAUACUGGGCUUCUGCGCCAUAGAUUGCAAGACAAGUGCUCAAAGAGAAAAACGUCGAAGAGUAGAGCGCACAAUGCAUGUUCGCACUGGAACCGUGAGGAGUAGAGAAGCAUUGGGACAAUCGGAUCCCGGUGCUGAGCGUCAGGCUAUGGCCAUUCCGUGCUGGACUGCCUCGGUGCAGCAGGUCAUCGCACCUUUCGCCGCGACCGUGCUCGUGUGGGAGGCAGAUGCGAUCAAAGCCAAGCUGUCCAACGACAAGGCGUCCGGCCUCACGUUGCGGUCCUGA